AUGUCAGGACGGACAUACAAAGUUUAUGUUGGAAAUCUUGGCAGCAAUGGUUCCAAAAGAGAGCUGGAAAUGGAGUUUGAGAGGUUUGGAAGGCUUCAUGAUGUGUGGGUGGCCCGUAAUCCCCCUGGCUUUGCCUUUGUCGAAUUUGUAGAUCUGCAUGAUGCAGAAGAUGCUAUUAAGUCACUAGAUGGGGCAAGAAUUUGUGGAGAGAGAGUUCGUGUGGAAAUGGCUCGAACUAAUAACAGUAGAGGAGGAGGAGGAGGAGGAGGUGGAAGUUAUCGCUCUAGUCGCCGUGAUGAUCGAGGCGGUGGGUGGCGUGAUGACCGAGGACCUGGCCGAGGUUACGAUGACAGAUCUAGAUCUCCCUACAGGUUUGUUUUGUUGUGUUAUUUUGUAAUGUACUUUGGGUACAGGAACCUGAUCUAUGACAUCAGUUAGUGCAAUACAGUAAAAACUCACAAGUAUUAAGGGCGGUGUCUUUUGGAUUUAGUCUACUGUCCAUUUUAUAGAAGUGUCCAUUUACACAUAUUCAAUGGUAAUACAUUCAACUCUCUCUAAGAAGGACACCUUUGGGACCGGCCCCUACUGUCUGUCCUAGAAAGAAGUCCGGCUUAUAGAGAGUCAAGGUAAUGUGUUGAACACAAACAGACCAGGGAAGGGAUGCCUGAGCCCAUCGAGAUAUUUUCCAAUCGUUUCAAAGCAAAGAAUUGAUAGAAGAUCAAUGGAUUUAGAAUCAUGUUUGCGGCAAACAGCUAACGUCAGAUUCAAGUCGAGAAAUUCUUAAAAAAGAAAAUCAGUGGAUAAAAACAGCUGAAAACAAUUCUUAUGGAGAAAAUUGGCGUGAAUCUGAAGUUUUGCGUGUGUAGUGAUAAUGAACAGUAAAUGGCAAGUAAAGCGAAAACUUAGUCAUGNUGAGCAUUUGUUUUAGAUGUCAGGACGGACAUACAAAGUUUAUGUUGGAAAUCUUGGCAGCAAUGGUUCCAAAAGAGAGCUGGAAAUGGAGUUUGAGAGGUUUGGAAGGCUUCAUGAUGUGUGGGUGGCCCGCAAUCCCCCUGGCUUUGCCUUUGUCGAAUUUGUAGAUCUGCAUGAUGCAGAAGAUGCUAUUAAGUCACUAGAUGGGGCAAGAAUUUGUGGAGAGAGAGUUCGUGUGGAAAUGGCUCGAACUAAUAACAGUAGAGGAGGAGGAGGAGGAGGUGGAAGUUAUCGCUCUAGUCGCCGUGAUGAUCGAGGCGGUGGGUGGCGUGAUGACCGAGGACCUGGCCGAGGUUACGAUGACAGAUCUAGAUCUCCCUACAGG